AUGUCACUGUCUUUCUCUCAACUGUGCUCCUGGUCACUUCUGCUGCUGGUGUCAAACCUACUUUUAUGGCAGAAUGUGGCCUCUGUGCCACUGAACAGCAAUGAGACAGAUGAUGAUGAACUAUUCCUCAAGGAACUGUUUGAUCAUGCCAUGACACUUACCCAGAACAUCAGUGACCACAACAUAGAAUUGCGCAGGAUAUUUACCAUCAGUGAGUUAUCUGCAAAACUGUUUGAUAAAUUUCUAAAUUCAUCAUUUGCCUUCUAUGACCAAUUUAUGUUUGAGUUUCUUGGGGAUCAGGAGUUACUGAAUAAAUCUCUCAUCUGCUGCCACAAUUAUUCUAUCAAAACUCCAGAAAACAUGGAUGAAGCCCAAACAAUCCCUCUUGAAGACUUUCCAAAAAUGCUACUCAGUAGAACGUGGACUUGGAAUAACACUCUUACAAACCUGCUGAAAAUUCUUGGAAGUAUGCCAGGAACGUAUGAUGAUGUCAUAUCAUUAGUCGAAGACAUUGAGACAGAAAAUGCAGAGCUUCUUGAAGCUACCAAGAGUAUACUCAGCUCGAUUAAUGCAACAAGAGGAGAUGUGGAUUAUGCCCUUUGGUCUGGUUUUGAAGACUUUCAAUCAUCUGAUGAAUUAUCUCAAUUUGUUGCUCUCUGUAAAUUAUCCUAUUGCUUACAUGUUGACACACAUACAGUUGACCUUUAUCUCAAGUUCUUGAGAUGUAUUGUGCUUGUUGAUAGCGACAUCUGCUCAUCCUCAAGAAAUGAAGCUGAUCCAUGA